AUGCCAUCCGAUUUAGCGAAGAAGAAAGCCGCGAAGAAGAAACAGGCGGCCAAGGCCCGACAGCGCCCCAAGAAACCCGAGGAGGUGAACGGGGACGGGGACAGACCUGGAAGUCAGGAGAAUGAUACAUCUGAGAUUAACGGGGUUGCCAGCCUCACUCAGGAACUGGAUGAGUUUGAGCUGAAGAAAAUGGAGGCUCGUGCCGUAACAGGGGUUCUGGCGUCCCACCCCAACAGCACGGAUGUGCACAUAAGCAGCCUGUCGCUGACCUUCCACGGCCAAGAGCUGCUGAGCGACACCUGCCUGGAGCUCAACUCCGGUCGACGCUACGGCCUCAUUGGGCUGAACGGAACGGGUAAAUCCAUGCUGCUGUCGGCCAUCGGCCACAGAGAAGUGCCCAUCCCCGAGCACAUUGAUAUUUACCACCUGACGCGCGAAAUGGCUCCCAGCGAGAAGACGGCGCUGCAGUGCGUCAUGGAGGUGGACAGUGAGAGGAUCCAGCUGGAGAAGGAGGCUGAGAGGCUCGCUCACGAAGACUCGGAGUGUGAGAAGCUGAUGGAGCUGUACGAGCGUCUGGAGGAGCUGGACGCGGACAAGGCAGAGAUGCGUGCCUCACGCAUCCUACACGGCUUGGGCUUCAGCGCCGCCAUGCAGCGUAAGAAGCUCAAAGACUUCAGUGGUGGCUGGCGCAUGCGUGUAGCCCUUGCCAGAGCCCUGUACCUCAAGCCCUUCAUGCUGCUCUUGGAUGAGCCCACGAACCACCUGGACCUGGACGCCUGCGUGUGGCUCGAGGAAGAGCUGAAGGAAUUCAAGCGAAUUCUGGUCUUAAUAUCCCACUCUCAAGACUUCCUCAAUGGCGUGUGCACUAAUAUCAUCCACCUGCACCAGCGCAAGCUUAAAUAUUACACGGGUAAUUAUGACCAAUAUGUGAAAACGAGAGAGGAGAUGGAAGAGAACCAGAUGAAGCGAUAUAACUGGGAGCAGGACCAGAUGGCUCACAUGAAGAACUAUGUAGCGAGGUUUGGCCAUGGUUCAGCCAAGCUGGCCCGCCAGGCUCAGAGCAAGGAGAAAACGCUGCAGAAGAUGGUGGCCUCGGGGCUGACUGAGCGCGUCGUGAAUGACAAGACGCUGUCCUUUUAUUUCCCUCCCUGUGGGAAGAUACCCCCUCCUGUCAUCAUGGUCCAGAACGUCAGCUUCAGAUACUCUGAUGAUUUGCCAUUCAUUUACAAAAACCUGGAGUUUGGAAUUGACUUGGAUACCAGAGUGGCCUUAGUGGGUCCAAAUGGAGCUGGCAAAUCUACACUACUGAAGCUGCUCACUGGAGAGCUCCUCCCCUCUGACGGGAUGAUUCGGAAGCACUCCCAUGUCAAGAUUGGUAGAUACCAUCAGCAUCUGACAGAGCAGCUGGAACUGGACCUGUCUCCUCUGGAGUACAUGAUGAAGUGCUAUCCAGAGAUCAAGGAGAAGGAGGAGAUGAGGAAGAUCAUUGGACGAUAUGGCCUCACUGGCAAACAGCAGGUGAGUCCCAUCAGGAACCUGUCGGAUGGUCAGAAGUGCCGCGUCUGCUUUGCCUGGCUGGCUUGGCAGAACCCUCACAUGCUCUUCCUGGAUGAGCCCACCAACCACCUGGACAUCGAGACCAUCGACGCGCUGGCUGACGCCAUCAACGAGUUUGAGGGGGGCAUGAUGCUCGUCAGCCACGACUUCCGGCUCAUCCAGCAGGUAGCACAGGAGAUCUGGGUUUGUGAAAAGCAGACCAUCACCAAGUGGAACAGAGACAUCUUGGCCUACAAAGAACAUCUGAAAUCCAAAAUUGACAAAAGCGCAUGAUCUAUACACACUGCAUCUUCUGUCUGACGUCUGUGUAGCCAGCGUCUUCACAGUUGCUGUCCUAACAUGAAGCGCAUGUUAAAGAUUACAGCUAGAAGAGCCUUGUGACAGAGUCAAGCACUGGUUGAGUGUUUUGGGUUUUUUUGGUUGGUGCAUCUUUUCAGGAUUUAUUUAUAUAUAUAUAUAUAUAUAAGAAAUCAAUGCGGAUGUGCCCGUAAACAUUUUAAUACAAUAUUCAUUUCACAGGACAAAUGCUUAAAUAUUACAGAUUAAGUCAUUUACAGCGCUCUCAGAGCUUUUCUUUUUUUUAUUUUAAUUUUUUUCCCCAAGUAUUAUUUAAUGCUGUAUCUGCAAUAAUGGAAUUGUCUGAAUUGUAAGUGUAUUAAAGUACUUUUCCUGAUAACCAGA